UGUGUCAGACAACGUAGAUCGUGUGAAUCCGUCAUACAUUUUAAUUACGUAACAGCGUAUUGCCAACACUGCGGCGUAAUCGCACCAAGUGCUCUCGUGAAAGUGCUCUCGGUCAACGCGUGGGUGGAUCUGUUUUCAAAAAUGUAGAAAGGGUGUGUGUAAAGGGCACCAGUGAUAACCGAUAGUGAUGACAAAGGAGCAAAGUGUGUGACACAGCCGUGUGCAGAGGAUCAAUUUGAGGAAAAAACACGAUAUAUAUGCAUACAUACAUAUCGCCGGUGACAGCUAAAGCAGCGAUGGAAGCGAACGCGAUGCUCUUGUUAGCUUUAUGUGCGUGCGUCACGCAUGCUUUUAAUCUCGAACCACGAAUACCUGUUAUCAAAAGAGGCCUGGAGGGCUCCUAUUUUGGCUACUCGGUGGCUGAACACAUAGAAGUCGAAAAUUCAUUGUCGAGGUCGAUAAGUUGGAUGCUAGUGGGUGCACCUUUAGAUCAAAAUCGGCAACCAGGAACGAAUCGAUCGGGAGCAUUGUGGCAAUGCCCACUGACGACGUUUGUACAUGAUUGUACUCAAGUUAUUACGGACGGACGGCUGAUGGGCGAUGGUCUGUUAAACAGAUCAUAUGAGUACGAAUUAUAUGAUUCAAAUUUGGAAUCAGACGAUCUAGUACCGCCAGGUAAUGACGAGAUAAAGGAUAAUCAAUGGUUAGGAGUUACAGUACGUAGUCAAGGAGCCGGUGGCAAAGUUUUGGUAUGCGCGCACCGGCAUAUCGUUAAGACAGCCGAUUCUCAAUGGGGUCAGGGUCAAUGUUAUAUAUUGACUCAAGACUUGAAGUACGACGAUUUGAAGAAACCAUGCUCGGGGAAGCCUACAAACAAGGCGCACGAACAAUUUGGCUACUGCCAAGCCGGAACCAGUGGUUUGCUAACCGCAGAAGAUCGCGUGGUCAUCGGUACUCCGGGGCCGCACACUUGGAGGGGAACUCUUUAUCUGUUCACCGUGUCCGACGAAUUCCUAACUCGAGAUAACACGGUGUACAAUGCGCCAAUGCAAGAUUACUCGCCCGUAAAUAAAUAUAGCUACCUUGGAAUGUCCGUCGCUGUUGGAAAUUUCUUCGGCAAGGGUUUGUCUUAUGCGGCUGGCGCACCUCGGUCUAACGGAACGGGCCAGGUGAUUCUGUUCACUAGAGUUGAUUUCAAACCAGACAUGGAUGUCGCCCUCAUUCUGGAUGGCGAACAAUUCGCCUCGAGCUACGGAUAUGAAAUCACGACCGCGGAUGUGAACGGAGACAAAAUUACUGAUCUGAUCGUGGCAGCGCCGUUUUACUUCAACAAAGCAGAGGGCGGAGCCGUCUACGUCUAUACUGCGUUAGAUGUAUGUAAAAGCCUCAGGAACAGUGAGAAAUGUUCUCCCGUCAAGCUCGUCGGUCGUGAGGAAUCGAGGUUUGGUUUUGCGCUGACAAAUUUGGGUGAUUUAAACAAGGAUGGGUACGAGGACAUCGCAGUCGGUGCGCCAUACGAAGGGAAAGGGACGGUCUAUAUCUAUCUAGGUUCCAAGAAUGGUAUAAUUAAAGUACCAUCGCAGAUAAUCCAUGCGGAAGAUAUGCCUACACCGUUGAAAACAUUUGGUUACUCGUUAAGUGGGGGAGUCGAUAUGGAUUAUAAUGGUUACUCGGAUCUCUUGAUCGGAGCGUACGAGAACGACGCGGUGGUACUUCUCCGUUCUAAGAAAAUCAUCGAUAUCUCGACUUAUAUACGUUAUAUGAAAAAGGAUGGAACAUAUCAGGAUACGAUAGAAUCGAUCGAUCCUAAUAAAAUUGGCUGCUUGGCCGAUCCAAAUUCAAAUCAUACAUGUUUCUCAUUCGAGGCUUGCUGUGAAACAAAGUCGCUAGUGAAGGAAGAAUCUAUGCAGAAUCUCAGAUUAAACUAUUACAUCGAAGCUGAGACUUAUACCGGAGCUAAGAAAUUCUCGAGGAUUUGGUUUGACGCUGGUAGUGGUUCGCGUCCCCAUUACAUCAAUCGAACAGUCACCCUUGAUGCAACGAGCUUGAGACAUUGCCAAAAGGAAAUUGUCUAUUUGAAGGAGAAUACGCGCGACAUCCAAUCUCCGAUUAAAUUCCGUCUGAAUUAUUCGCUAAUACAAGAGGAACCGGUUAUGCCUCCGGAGGGUGCUCCCCUACCGGAUAUACAAAAUUAUCCCAUACUUAAUCAGCAAGAGGCUGCGCGCAUAUUCGAAGCCGUAUUCCAGAAGGAUUGCGGAAACAAUGACAUUUGUGAAAGCGACUUACAAGUGACAGCUAAAUUAAAUUUGUCAGCUUCCUCUGUAAAACCGGACUUUUACGAGCUACUUUUGGGAGAGAGAGAGGAAAUAGUAGUCGAAGUGAACGUGGGGAAUAUCGGCGAGUCCGCGUAUGAGGCUCAGCUGUUCAUCGUUCACUCGCAGAGCUUGAACUAUAUUGCCAGCAAGAGCAACGACUCCGUGAUCUGCAACUUACAUAACGCCACUGUAGUAUCGUGCUCCAUCGGCAAUCCUUUCAAGAAGGACAAAAUGGUAGACAUACAAGUGAGAUUCGAUCCCAAGGGUCUCGAAGACAGCGAAUCGGAACUAGAUUUCACGAUAUUCGCAAAUUCCACAUCGAAGGAAGUCACGGAGAAGCGAGCAACUGUGCUGCAAGCUACGGUGUUGAAACGCGCUGAACUCUCGAUCAAAGGAAAUGCGAAGACUCAGUGGGCGUUUUAUGGUGGCCCGGUAGUCGGUGAGUCCGCGAUAAAGCAUUUGAACGAAGUAGGACCAAAAGUAUCGCACAUUUAUGAGGUGUUCAAUGAAGGCCCAUGGAAAGUCAGUACUGUUGAGGUGCGCAUUUCAUGGCCUUACGAAGUCGCGAACGAUAAACCGCACGGCAAGUGGUUACUGUAUCUGGAAGAGAUGCCAACUAUACAAGCUUUGGGAGAUGGUGAAUGUAUACUGCCACCAGGACAUGUAGUCAAUCCGUUAAGGCUACAGGAUAGCAUCAACUUGGACGACACUGAUAGCAUUUUGCAUACACACUCUUCAACACCAUCACCGAUUCUAUACAACCAUACUAAUCACGUAAGAGUAACGCGAGACACGGAGAAGGUUGUAAAUACGCGAACAAUUAUCGACAAGGACGGACAUCGGCAUCGCGUGGUUGCAAUGAAUUGUAAAGCUGGAACAGCAAAGUGUUUCGACAUUACGUGCUAUAUAUAUAAUUUGCAGAGAAAACAGGAAGCCAUCAUAACUGUCAAAGCCAGACUUUGGAAUUCUACGUUGGUCGAGGAUUAUCCGAAAGUGGACAUGGUUAAAAUAGGCUCCAACGCAAGAAUAGUGAUACCCCCGAAUGUUGUAAUACAGCAAGAAAACUUGAAAGACGAUUAUGCAACCGCUGAGACGAUCGCUUAUCCAGAUCUGUUGGACCAGCAGGAAGCCGAGCCCGUACCGAUAUGGAUAUACAUAGUGGCAGCUGUAGCGGGUAUGCUAUUGUUCAUCUUGCUUACAUUAGUAUUGAGGAAACUGGGCUUUUUCAAAAGGCGGCGGCCGGAUCCAACUUUGUCCGGGAAUCUUGAGAAGCACAGGGAUGAUAAUCCGGAAAGCGAAGCGUUAUUCAAGCACUAAGAUCAAAAGCAAAAGUUCAAAGUGUUUGCAAGAAAUUGUCAUAAUUACUUAAGUUUAAGUACUUAUGAUAGAGAAGGAGAAGCGCAGGCGCGCGCAACUCAUUUCCAGUUUUAUACUAAGUUUGGAAUGCAUAUUUUGUAUACACGUGCAGCUAAAUACGCGAGAAUUGAUAAAGUAGAUUGUGAUAUUGUUAUAUUAAAUACAUUUUAUGCGCAUGCGCAGACGAAUCUUUCUCGAAGGCGCUCACGUAAUUGUUGCGUGAUACGCGCAGCAGCGUCGUAAACGCCUCACUGUUCGGACACUUGUUUUACGAAUGUAAUAACUUCGGGAGAGCAUGAUAUUUAGAUGAUAGUCGUAAAUUAUGACUAUUGUUUGUUUUCGAGCAGAUAAACGAUACACGAAAAUACUUAAUCAAUGUACAUUAAGGUACAUGUACAUAUGAUGUACGAUGGUGCAAUGAAAUAACGAUUUUAUAAUCGUAUGGUAGCUGUUACAAGUUUAUUCGUAUUUCACUCGUGCCAUUGCAUACGUAUACAAACAGCUUUAACAUAGGAUGAGGAUGACGAGUCAAAUUCACAAUGGAAACUGUUCUCCGUUUAUAUUAUUUCAGUAUAAACGAAUAGACUUUGUCAUGGAAAUAGUUUUCUAUCUGCAUUAUUUUCAAAAAAUAAUGUAUGUAUUUGUUAAGAUCUCUAUUAAAAGCACAUGGAUCAUCUAAUUCGUGGCAUGUGAAACGUCAAAUGAGUCAUGCAAUCAAAUGCAUUUCUUGUCAAUCCAAAUGCGUUAAUACACUGCCACUAUAUAAUAGAAGCAUUUUUAAUAUAAUUUUUUCUUCUAUAAUCUUCGUUUAAAGACUAUUUAUCCUAUAAACUAUUCGUUUAGAGACUAUUCAAAUCUAUUCAAAUCAGUUUAAGACGAACCUUGAAGCUGUUAUGAAUGUUUUAAAGCGAGAGGAAAGGAAGAUAUUCAGCGAGCCUUAAAUAUAAUGGGAGCAAUUAUUGAAUAUUAAAUAUGUAAAAUAUUUGUUCUUUAUUAUAAUUGGACAAAAUUUAGCAGAAUUAAUACUCUGUGACAAUCGAUGCAACUGUGUUUCUAAUAUUUCUGUAUCAUUAUACAAGUUCAGGUACUUAAAUAUUUUUUAUAAGUUUAAUCAUGUUUACACAUGACCAUAAAUUUUUUCCCAUCGCAACAUGUGACAAUGCAAAAGCAAGUAGGACGAACGUGUCUGGUAUAAAUAUGAAAUAAAUUAUAUCAUUUAUAACAUAAUAAGAACAGACAUAACAAGAAUGAGAGAAAGAUUUUGCACACAAGCAAUAUCCUAUUCAUAUUUAAUGGAUUGCUAACUCUGCAAAUCUUUCGCGAAGGCUGAUGAUGUUACAAUCUUCCAACAAACGUUUGUUAUACUGCCCUAUGAGAAAAAGAAACAUUUAUAUAUUUAAUUACGAAUAUUUAAAAAACUUUUGUUAUAUAAUAUUCUUAUUACGUAUAAGACUUUUUUUAGCAAUGUUAUAGGAUAAACUAUACUUAUCCAGCAAAUAGAAUCAAUGUAUAUCUCGAUGCAUUUUAAUAUUAAUUAUGAAAUAAAAUUUUAUUAUAUUCUGACAAUAAA